CGUGCUCCAAUCCUGUGACAGGCCCCAGCCUCAGUUCUGAGAAGAGCUCGAAUCGUUUUGGUGGAGGACGCCCCCCACGUCCCAUCUCUGUGCUCAUCUCUGCCCCAGCUCACGCCUUCCGUCACUCCAUCCCCCAGGACUGCUCACAACAAGGACCCAGACUCUGAGAUGUCUACAUGUUACGAUUCUCACGAUUCCCUGUGUUCUCUUUUCUUUCAACUUGGAACAGUCUUACAAGGCUAUAAUAGAAUCGUUUCCCACCUAAAUAUUUGUAUUGUCUGUUGUCACUAGCCACAGCCCCUCUAGUCCAGGGAACGAGUCUGUCACCUCACCAAUGAGUCCCCAGUGCCUGGCACCAUGACCGGAUGUGGCCACUGCUCACUAAACACAGGCUGAUUGCCAGCGUGGUGGGAGGAAGGACGAAAACUUACAUUGACAGAAGCUCAGGAAAGGGAAGUGUCUCAGCCCAGGUCACCCAGCCUCUGUGUGAGACAGGGCAGAAGUGGAACUGAAAUUGCGCUGAUUCCCAGGCCCUGCCCUACCUCCCCCAGCCUCGAGUCCUAGAAGCAGUGUUGCCCUCUAGACUUGGGUUUGCUGGGGAGGAAGCAGACAGAGUGGGGUCUGGGGAGACAAGAUUCAGUCUGUCUGAAAGAUCCUAGGACCCGCUGCUCUCCGGUCACCCUUCAGGGAGAGCACAGAGAGGCCCUGGCAGGGGUUCUUCCCCUUCCUGUGAGGCCAUCCCUCUAGGACCUGUGAUGAGGAACACGGGGCCUGGGUUUUACCACACCCCAUGCAUCUGUCCGUCCGGCACAUGCUGAGGACUUUAUAAGCUGUCUGCGCAGCUGGGGACCAUGGGAUGCAGCGCCAGGACCCUGACCCUCACUGCUCUUCUCUGCCUCGGGCUGUGUUGGGGCCUGUGGGACCAGGCACAGAUGGGGACCCUCCCCAAACCCACCAUCUGGGCUGAGCCCAGCUCUGUGAUGCCCUGGGGGACACCUGUGACCAUCUGGUGUCAGGGGAGCUUGGAGGCCCAGGAGUACCACCUGCAUAAAGAGGGGGACUCAUGGAAUUGGGAGACACGGAAGCCACUGGAGUCCGGGUACAAGGCCAACUUCUCCAUCACAUACAUGACAGAUGUAUAUGCAGGAAGAUACCAGUGUGACUAUGAACGCCCCAAUGACUGGUCAGAAUACAGUGACCCCCUGGAGCUGGUGGUGACAGGAUCCCAUGGCCAGCCCAGUCUCUCAGCCCUGCCCAGCCCUGUUGUGACCUCAGGAGGGAACGUGACCUUCCAGUGUGCCUCACGGAUGGGAUUCCACAGAUUCGUCCUGAUGAAGGAAGGAGAACGCCAGCCCUCCUGGACCCUGGGCUCCCAGCCAGCCCCCCAUGGGCGGACCCAGGCCCUGUUCCCUGUUGGACCUGUGACCCCCAGCCUCAGGUGGACGUUCCGAUGCUAUGGCUAUUACAGCAACACCCCCCAGGUGUGGUCGGACCCCAGCGACCCCCUGGAGCUGCUGGUCUCAGGUGUGUCAGGGAAGCCCACCCUGCUGACCCAGCAUGGCUCUCUAAUGAUGUCUGGACAGAGUGUGACCCUCCAGUGUCGCUCUGAUGUUGGCUAUGACAGAUUCGCUCUGUCCAAAGAGGGGGCACCUGACCCUCCCCGGCAGCUUGGCAAGCAGCCCCAGGCUGGGAUCUCUGGGGCAGACUUCCCCCUGGGCCCUGUGAGACCCUCCCAUAGAGGCCGGUACACGUGCUACGGUGGACACAACCUCUCCUCCGAGUGGUCGGCCCCCAGUGACCCCCUGGACAUCCUGCUCACAGGACAGCUGCCCUACACACCCUCCCUCUCGGUGCAGCCGCGACGCAUGGUGGCCCCAGGAGAGAAUGUGACUCUGCUGUGUCAGUCACAGAGCCCUGUGGACACCUUCCUUCUGACCAAGGAGGGAGUAGCUGAUCCCCCGCUGCGUCUUAGAUCACAGUACCGAGCUGGGCGGCACCAGGCUGAAUUCCCCAUGAGUCCUGUGACCUCAGACCACGGGGGGUCCUACAGGUGCUACGGCUCUGCCAGCACCUCCCCCUAUCUGUUGUCACAGCCCAGUGACCCCCUGGAGCUCCUGGUCUCAGGACCCUCUAUGGGUCCCGGUCCCACAACCACAGGGCCAGGCUCAGCUGACUCUCCUGCCCAAGGUCCCCACUGGUACCUGUACAUCCUCAUCGUGGCCGUGGUGGCCUUCAUCCUGCUGCUCGGCCUCCUCGUCUGCCUCCAGGUUCGACACAGGCAUCAGAGCAAAGUCAGAAAGUCGGGGGCUGCAGACCCAGAGCCCAGGGACAGAGGCCUGCACGACAGAUCCAGCCCAGCUGCUGCCACCCAGGAGGAGAGCUUCUACGCUGCCAUGCAAGACACUCAGCCUGAGGAGGGGGUGGAGCUGGACCAUCAGCAGAACACACAAGAUGAAGACCCCCAGGGACUGACGUACGCCCAGGUGAGCCUGUCAAGAUCAAGAUUCAGGUGGGGACUGGCCAAUUCUCCUUUCCCUGUGUCAGAGGGAUUACUGGACUCGGAGGACAGACAAGCAGAGGAAAACAGGCAGACGGACUGUCAGGUUGCUGCAUAUGACAGCCCCCAGGAUGUAACCUACACCCAGCUUCACGCCUUGACUCUCAGACAGGAGACAAGGGCAUCCCCUCCCUCCCAAUUAGGGGAGCCCCCAGCAGAGCCCAGUGUAUAUGCUGCUCUGGCCAUGCACUAGCCCAGGAGGGGUCCUGACCCCACACUCCAUGGAGGGGGACCACAGGGACCCUGAAAGGCACAGGAGUUGCCUACAGUGAGUGUCACCUAAUGAUGACCCCAGCCAGCCUGGACUCUUCACUUGGACCAGCAAGAACUCCUGGGACCCUCUGGGAGUCACUGAUUCUGCCAUCAAAGAUAGUAAUACCCCUACACUUUGGAAAUCAAAGCAACAGACUUCCCAAUUACCCAUGAAUGAAAUGAGAAAAUCCAAAUGGAAAUGAGAGAAUGUUCACAGUGAAGGACAGUGUAAAUGUUACACAUCAAAUCUAUGAAAUGGGAAAAUAAGAACCAAGAACCAAUUUAUUAGAACAGAAAAAGACUCAAAUAAUUAAUGACAGAACCUAUUCUAUCGAGAAUUUGGGAAAAGAAUAGCAAGUUAUUCCAAACAAAGGUAGAAGGCAGAAAAUAAUAAAGAUAAGACAUAACUAGUAAUGAGGACAAAUUUAAAAAUAGAGAAAAAUCAAUGAAGCUGAAAGUGUUCCUUUUCGUAAGCAAUGGUCACAUUUAUAAAUCUUAGCCACAAAACCAAGGAAAGAGAGAGAGAGAGGGAGGAGGUACACAUCAUUAUUAGGAUGGCAUCCCAUCCUACAGACUUUAAAUUUAGAAUGGAACAUUAUUAACUCCUUUAUGCUGAUAUAUGAGACAUGUAGAUGAAAUGGGUAAAAUUCUCAAAAUAGAAGCUACUAAAUUGAUGGAGAAGUAGAAAUUAUGUAUCACCUUAUGAAUACAUUGAAUGCAUUGACUGUGAUUAAACUGUCCCCCAUCUGAAGUGUGUGGAAACUGAGAGAAAUGGAGUCAGAGUGGUGGCUGGCGGGGCUGGACUGUGGAAAUGGGGAGGUGUUGGUCAGGAUUACAGACAAGAAGAACAAGGUCUCUACAGUUGUAAGACCACAAGUUCUGGGGAUCUCAUAUACAGCAUGAUGACCGCAGCUCAUAACACUGUAUCCUAUUCUUGAAUGUUGCAAAGAGAGUAGAUCUAAAUGUUCUCAUCACAUACAAGAUAGGCAGCUGUGAUACGGCAUGGAAGUGUGAGCUAACCGCAUGGGGAUAAUCAUUUUGUUAUAUUUGUGUCUGUUGAGGAAGCUUCAUUGGCAAUUUCCUCCAAACACUUACCCCUUGAGGAAACACACACAUGCUUACACACAUGCAUACACACACACCAAAAUUACACAAACUUUUCCUGAGAAUAAAAAGGGAGGAAGCAAUAUUGGAUCAGGCCAGGGAACUUUGAACACCAAAAAAACUGGCAAGGUAAUUACAGAAUGAAAAAAGGGCAGAAAUUCCUCUCACAUAAACCUAGAUGUACAUCUCUAAACAAAACGUUCACAAAUAAGAUCCAGCAAUAGGACUCUACAUCAUGACCACACUGGAUUUUGGGGGGAGGGAAGGAACAGAGUAGUUUAACUCAAUCAAUAUAAUCUGAUACAUUAACAGAAUAUGUAAAAAUGACCAUCUCACAAACCAGAGGGAGGGGUAUGGGGAGAUGGUUGAAAAGGUGAAGGAGAUUAAGACGUACCAACUUCCAGUUACAUAAUAAAUGAGCGCCAGGGGUGAAAAUUACACUUUAGGAAAUAUAAUCAGUAACAUUGUAAUCAUUUUUUGUGUGACACAUGUUAAUUGGAUUUCUUAGAGUGAGCACUGCCUAAUGUAUAUAAAUGCUAAUUCACUAUGAUGGACCCUUGAAACUAAUAUCACAUGUUAACUAUAAAUCAAAAUUCAAAAAUGAUGUAUUAUAAGUUGGCUAA